CAACAACAACAGCAGCAGCAGCAAUACUUGUCUCUUGCCAAAGUCUUCUUCCCAUUUUCUUAUCAUCUUGACUAGAUAACUUCAAAUCACCGUCUUCAACCAUGUCGGACUUUUUCAAACCAGCUCCCGAGCCCACCACCGAACUCGGUCGGUAUAGGGUUCUAUCCAGCACCGCCGGAGUCCGAGUUUCUCCCUUGUGUCUCGGUGCCAUGUCCAUCGGUGACGCUUGGAAAUUCAUGGGUAACAUGAGCAAGGAACAAUCUUUCAAACUCUUGGACGCAUUCUACGAAGCUGGUGGCAACUUUGUCGAUACCGCGAACAAUUAUCAGAAUGAACAGUCCGAAAAGUGGAUUGGAGAAUGGAUGGCCGAGAGGAAGAACCGAGACAUGAUGGUCAUCGCCACCAAGUACACCACUGCCUACCGUAGUUAUGAACUUGGCGCUGGAAAAACCGUCAACUAUUCCGGCAAUCACAAGAAGAGUUUGUACCUUUCGGUCCACGAAUCCCUCAAGAAACUUCAAACCGAGUACAUUGACCUUUUGUACGUUCAUUGGUGGGACUGGACCACUUCGAUCGAGGAAGUCAUGGACAGCCUCCACAUCCUGGUGGAACAGGGCAAGGUUUUGUACCUGGGCAUCUCGGACUCGCCGGCCUGGGUGGUGUCGGCGGCCAACACGUACGCCCGGGCGCACGGCAAGACCCCCUUCAGCGUGUACCAGGGCCGGUGGAACGUCAUGCUCCGGGACUUUGAGCGGGACAUCAUCCCCAUGGCCCGCCACUUCGGCAUGGCCCUGGCCCCCUGGGACGUGAUCGGCGGGGGCAAGUUCCAGUCCAAGAAACAACUCGAGGCCCGCAAGCAGCAGGGCGAAGGGCUGCGGAGCAUGUUCGGCGGGGGCCAGUCGGCCCAGGAAGAAAAGAUCAGCGCCGCCCUCGAAAAGGUCGCGGGCGAGCACGGCCUGGAGAGCCUGUCGACCGUGGCCCUCGCCUACGUCAUGCAAAAGACCCCCAACGUCUUCCCCAUCAUCGGCGGCCGCAAGGUCGAGCACCUCCAGGACAACAUCAAGGCCCUCAGCCUCAAGUUGACCGACGACCAGAUCAAGUACCUCGAGAGUCAGAGCGCCCUGGACCCCGGCUUCCCCAGCAACUUUAUCGGAGAGUCCCCCCGGGCCACCGGCCAGAGUCCCAUGACCGUCGCCAUGUCGGCCCAGAUCGCCUACCCCGUGCCGGAGAGACCUUUUGUCAAGCAGUAAGAGAGAACUACUGAAAAAAGAACAAGGCAG